AUGUUAUCCGCAAACAAUAUAAACUCAAUUAUAUUGGAUAUGAGAGUAUAUUGUGUGGGUUUCUUUUUUUCCUUAUGAAGAUUCACAACCCACAUGGAACCAUUUUGGAACGGCUAAAAGUUAUGACAAUCGCGAAGUUCAUUUCGAAACUUCUAACAAGGUACACAAAUGAAAUGUUACCGCUGUGGUUGUUCUUGAUUGAGUUGGUUACACUGAAUGAUCAAGUUUUUGCUGUGAACCGAAUAGUGGGAGGAAGAAAAGUCUCAAUAGAGGAUUUUCCAUAUCAACUCAGUUUGAGACUGAACGGAAAGCCAAUUUGCGGGGCAGUUUUGAUCAGCGCUGACACCGGCUUAACAGCAGCUCACUGCCUGCCCAAAUCCGGAAGUUACACGGUGAGAGCCGGAAGUUCCUCCGUCGAUUCAGGAGGAGUGAUCGUUCCAGUCAGUCGAGCCAUUUUGCAUCCAGAAAACAACCUGCGGAACGACGAUUACGAUAUCGGAAUACUCAAGUUCAGCAGACCGUUAAGGUUCUCGAACAGCAUCCGACCCGUAAAACUUCCCGAAGAAUUCCAGAGCGUGCCUGAUCACACCAAGGGAAACGUAUCAGGCUGGGGCAGCAUCUCGGGCAUCUUUCCUUUCCAACCGGAUUUUCUUCACGCCGUGGAUCUGCCGGUACUGCCAUCGUGGUUUUGUCAGUUCAGCUACAGAUAUAUCCGCAUCACUCCAAGAAUGUUCUGUGCAGGGUACAGAGAAGGAGGUAGAGAUUCUUGUCAGGUGAGAUAUUCUGCAAAAACCCGGUAUGAACCUGAGUUCGUAGAUGGUAGUAGCCUC